AAAAGUGAAAUCUGCGAGUCCUGAUCGAGGGCCAAGCGCCGACAUCACUAAUACUAUUCUUCAACAAACACAAUAGUACAAGCAGAAUGUACACAGUUUUACGGCGAUAACAGAUGCACUUAAAAUGCUAAAAAUAGCUUUGAAACAUUUCUCGUGGCGCGUACUUGCGACAAAGCUAACGCCAUCAUGUAAGGUCGCAGGUACACGCUGACAGCGCAGUGUCUCCGUCUGUGGCGUUCCUCAGGUGUCAGCGUACCUGUAGUGUAAACUCGUUCAGUAAAACAUUCCUUGCCAGGAUUUUGGGAAAAAGGUUGAGCGGAAGUUUGAUAAGGCUAUACAUGUAAACCAAGCGUGCAGAAACUGAACGGUAGGUCUAUAAAGUUUUCGAGCAUUUGAGCAAAGAGGAUCCUUUUCCCUUGGAGUCUCAAGCCAGCCAAGUUGUUUCAGGACGACUGUCAACGUCACAUCCACCAUGUCGUUUGACCUGCGGCAGUAGUCGUUAUCUUUCUAGCAUCUUUGUCACUACCAAUAGAGGGCACUCGCCGACCACGUCUUGCUGUGAAUAUGCACGAUGUUCUCACCAGAGGGUGCGCAGUAACUACGUUCCACCGUUUUUGAGUGGACAUGGCAUUGACUGUCGCCAGCCAUCGCAGACGGAUGCGUCGUGCUGUUGUGAUUCUCUUUGUGGCAGUGAUACUAAUGGCAGGCAGCUACAUCCUGUUCUGGGAAGGUACCAGUGCUUUCCGAAGAAAAUAUUGGCACAGCCAAGACCCCUCCUUACUACAACCCCUGCACCAUACACUGACUUCAUUGACCCUGCCUCCGAAAGCUUCAGGCGAAAAUUUUACAUCUGGAUCUCGAUUAAUCCGGAUCCAAAGAGACGCAAGGGUCAGCAGAACAACGCGGAUACUACAGAAAGCUUGCAGUCGGGAGUGACUGUCUUUGUACCUAAGGUCAGAAGGUACGACCUUUGUGUACCCUUCGCAGUUCCAGGCAACACCACUGCGAGGAUCUGCAUAUACGAUCCCAGGGAAGAUCCCUUUAUCUCCUCAUUCGUACGCGAUCGUGGGACCUGGGAGGCCGAUCAAGUGGCCUUGAUGGCCUAUCUGAUGGGUUUAGAUAAAGACUAUGAAAUGAUGCAACGCGACGCGGGACCUGGACCUGCAGAAGAUGAACAGAACCAAGAGAAAAUUGUACUCGAGGGUCUGGGACCGAGAACUAGUGCCCGGCUUCACGACGCUGGCAUGAGUUUAGUAGACAUCGGGUGCAACAUCGGCACAUACGCACUGUCAGCUACAGUCCUUGGCUACCAGGUGCUGGCCAUGGAUCCCGUAAAAGAUAGCCUGCAGCUCCUGGCCGACUCUCUGCGGCUGAACAACCUGACGGAGCGGGCGACGCUCCUCCUGAAUGCCGUGUCUGACGUGCGCGGACCGGUGAUCGUGGAAGUGAACGGGGAGAACCGAGGCGGCACGUGGGUGCGGCACGCGGAGCCGGGAGCUGCCAUCGACUCCCCGGGCCCCGUCGUGCGCGCGGUGUGUCUAGACGACCUUACGCAGUAUGUUCGCACGCCGCGCGUGUUCCUCAAGAUGGACAUCGAGGGCUCAGAGGAGCGCGCACUGCGGUGCGCUGGCCAGUUCUUUCAGCACGUGGACGUGCGCUACGUGCUGAUGGAGUGGCUGUUCCACCGCAAUAGCAAGGGCGGCGCCGCCAUUAUCCACUUCCUGACGCGCAACGGACUCCUUCCGUACAGUGACGUGCAGCCUGCGAAUAGACAUGUGCUGCUGCCCGAGAACUACCACACCUGGCCGGACAAUGUCUUCUGGAUCAAGAGGUGACAGGAAGAAGGUUUGGUCUACGUGCUAUAUACUUUCAAGGCUAGGUGUGUGUGUGUGUGUGCAUCUCAUGCAUUAUCAACAAUAUCAAAUCAACAAA